AUGACGUUGGCACAAUAUGAUACUCCUGAUGCUUUCUAUGCGAGUCGAUCUGGCAUCAAUCCACCUCCUAUAGCGAGAAGAGAGUUUGAAAUCAAGACUGGUCUCAUAAAUUUGGUGCAGCAGAAACAGUUUCACGGGCUCCCCUCUGAGAACCCGAUGCAUCACUUGGCACGUUUUGAAAACAUCUGCAGCACCAGUAGGACCAACGGGAUACCUAUAGGGACCUUGAUGUGCAAAUUAUUCGAUUUCUCUUUGGCAGAUAAGGCAGAUACAUGGAUGAGAUCUAUCCCAUUUAACUCUUAUGUGACUUGGGAAGAGACCAAAGCUGCAUUCUUGGAACACUUUUUUCCUAAGUCGAUGUCAACUCACCUCAGGAACAAGAUUGCAAAUUUUCAGCAGAUAGUAUCAGAAAGCUUUCACGAAGCUUGGGAGCGCUUCAGAGAAUACACCACAAACUGUCCACACCAUGGUUAUACUGAUGUCAACCUGCUGAACAUCUUUUACAAUGGAGUUUGUGAGAAAUACCAAAACGCCAUGGACACUGCUAGUAAUGGCGAUUUCAUGACCAAGACUGUGGAAGAAGCAUAUCUUUUGAUUAACAACCUUGCAUCUAGUCAAGCGAAUCGUAGAUCAGACCAUGAACGCUCUGGGAGAGGUUCAAGCUCUAAUUCUCAGAAGAUCGAUGAGCUGAAUGCCAAGAUUGAGAUGCUGCUGAAGAGAGAUCAGAAAGCAGUUCAUUUCGUGGGAGAUCAGAGAAAUUACAACCAGAGCUUCAAUCAAAAUUUCAGGAACCAGCAGCAUUUGCCAUCUUACCGGAACAACAAUGUGGAAAAUCCACAAGAUCAAUUCUACCCUCAACAAGGGAACAACUGCGGGAACAACGGUUUUCAGCAGAAGCAGCUGUACGGAAACUUCCAGGCUCAUGGGAAUGAAUCUACCUCUCAGUCCUCUCAAGGCAGUGAAAUCAAGCAGAUGUUACAAAUGGUGCUAGAAGAACAGAAGAGAAGCACUUCAGAAAUCAACAGCAAGGUCGACAACAUAGAGGAUGAGGAGGCUGAAGGAUCUGAAGAUGAAACUGAAAAGAAGGUUGUUGAGAAUGGAAUGAUCAAUCCCCUGCCUAAGUCUGUCGAGCCCGAGAGCAGUGUGAAAAUUCAUGCUUCUACCUCAUCUGAGCGAGUGUAUGUACCAAGAAUCUCGUAUCCUGUUGUGCCACAACAUUUGAGAGAACCUAUCAACGAGAAGACACUAGCUGGAUUCAAGAAAAUAAAGAAAAGGAUGCCUUCUACCACGUCAUUUGAAGAUGCUUGGAGCAUGUACCAUCGAAACCGGUUUUUCAUAAACACCAGAGAAUCAGCGGAGGAGAUCAAGGAAUUAUUCAUCAAAACCAUGAAUGCAUCAUCUCCGAUAAAGAGUCUCCUCAAGUUAGAAGACCCUGGGAAGUUGGUGUUUUUGUGUUCAAUAUCAGGAGUCAAGUUCAUGGAUUCUCUCUGUGAUACUGGGUCUACAGUUAGCCUCAUGUCCAAAGACAUCGCUGAGCGGUUGGGCCUUAAAAUAGAAUCACCAAAGUUAACUCUGGAAUUUGCAGACUCCUCUACCAAGUCUCCGCAAGGUACCGUUAAAGACCUAGCUGUCCAAGUGGGAAACUGCGUUGUUCCUACUGAUUUUCAGGUAGUGGAGAUAAGCAAUGGUUCUAAUAGACCGUUGAUUCUUGGAAGAGCGUUCUUAGCCACCGUGGGUGCAGUUACGGAUAUGCCUAACAAGAGAAUCUCUUUUGUGAAAAUCGAUGAGAAUGUCUUCUACAGAGCCGAUCCCACAAAUAAGUGUACACGACUGGCCUCUAGCAUCUCUGUACUUGAUCAGAGCACUCAUGUACCUAUUUCUAAAGAGGACCUCAUGGAAAAAGGUCAAGUCAAAGAAGCUCUGAAUAAAGACAAUCACACCGUGCAUAAGAAGUCUGAUGCAAAAACAAAGAAAAAGCUGAAAGGCAAAAGGAUCAAGGGCGAUCCUCAUCUGAUGUUGAUACCUCACAGCUGUUCUAAUGGUAUAAUCGAUUAUGAGGUGAAAUGCAAAGGAACCUCAAAGCCUUUUUCGAAAGUCAGAGCUGUUCUCACUCCCGAGAUGAAAGAGAAAGGUAUGGAAGCUGUGAAAGGUUUUGUGAGCAAGGUGCUGAAGCUCAAAGUGUUUGAUGGUGGGACUUGUUUUGGAGCAAGCUCUCAUGCUCACCUGGACUGA